AUGGCAUCUUUCUUAAUAUCAUUCCAAGUCCUGUUGUUUCUCAUGCUUCUGUCGGUUCAAUCAUCCUACGUUUUUGCUUCUUCAGCAGCUGCUGCACCUGGUAAAGAAGCAGAAACUCUUCUAAAAUGGAAAGCUAGCCUUGACAACAACUCCCAAACUUUGCUCUCUUCUUUGUGGGUUGGAGACAGCCAUUGCAACUGGGUCGGAAUCACUUGCGACAAGGGUGGAAGCAUCACCAAUCUAAGACUUCGAGAUUAUGGGUUCAAAGGUACACUUCAUAGUCUCAACUUCUUGUCCUUCCCCAACCUGAUGGGUCUUCACCUUCCUAACAACUCACUGUAUGGGUCCAUUCCCUCACACAUUGGAAAUCUUCCCAAGCUCACCGAACUUGACUUGUCCAAGAAUAAUUUCCCCGGAAAUAUUCCAUCUAAUAUAGGAAGGUUAUUAAGUUCACUUUCUAUACUCUAUCUCCAUGAAAACUAUCUCACUGGUCCGAUACCUAUUUCUAUUGGAAGCUUGCACAAUUUGUCCCGACUUGUCCUCGUUGACAAUAGGCUCAGUGGUUCCAUACCUAAAGAAGUUGGAAUGAUGAGGUCACUUGUUAUGCUUGAUCUUUCAGUGAACUACCUAACUGGUCCUAUCCCAGCAUCUCUGGGAAACCUAAGUAACUUGUUAUGGCUUUAUCUGUAUAAUAAUAACCUCUCUGGUUAUAUCCCCAAUGAAAUAGGACAACUUGCAUCUCUCACCACAAUGCAGUUGUCAAGUAAUAAUCUCACUGGUGUCAUCCCUAAUUCCAUAGGAAACUUAACCAAAUUUUUGUCUGGUUUCCUUCCUCCAACACUUAGCAAUGUUACUCAUUUGGAAUCAUUACAAUUAUCAGACAACCAUCUCAGUGGUCCAUUACCUGAGAAUGUAUGCCUCGGUGGACAACUCGCAAAGCUUACGUCUAAAGGUGAACAUCUCGGCAUUCGUUGGGACUUUCUUCGAAAUUUCAUUCAGGAGCAUUUGGAUAAUGAUCAAGGACAGCUUGGAUCUCUUAUCACAAUGCAGUUGUUAAGUAAUAAUCUCACUGGUGUCAUCCCAGCUUUCAUAGGAAACUUAACCAAAUUGUCUACUCUUUACCUUUUUAAAAAUAAGCUUUUCGGGUCAAUACGUCAAGAGAUAGGGAUGCUUGUAUCUCUUACAGAACUUAUUUUCUUUGAUAACAAUUUCUCUGGUUCAAUCCCUGCUUCCAUAGGAAACUUGACCAGCCUAUCUACUCUCUACCUUGAUCAAAAUAUGUUUUUUGGUUCAAUCCCUACUUCAAUUGGAAAUAUGAUGGUGUUAAGUCUUCUAUAUAAUCAUUUAUCAGGGCCAAUUCCUUCGUUCAGCAAUCUUACUCAUUUGGAAUCAUUCCAAAUAUCAGACAACCAUCUCGGUAGUCCAUUACCCGAGAAUGUAUGCCUCGGUGGACAACUCAUAUAUCUUGGGGCUAUCAAUAACAAUUUAACGGGUCUGAACCCAUCAAGUUUAAGAAACUGCAAAAGCUUUUACAUAGUUAGGCUUGAAGGAAAGCAGUUGACAGAAAAUAUAUCAGAAGCUUUUAGUAUAUAUCCUAAUUUGAAUUAUAUUGCAUUAAGCAACAACAACUUUUAUGGUGAACUUUCUUCAAACUGGGUCAAUGCCAUAGUCUAA